AUGAGCGACUUCAGCCUAUGGAGGACCGAUCGUCUGCUCUGCAGAUUCAACGAUAGCUGUACUGGCUUUCAAAACACCGACGACUGUUUGCAUUGUUGCGCCAACGUCGCACGAAAAGGAGCAACGUUUGUCGCACAUCUCAGAACGGACUGGGUGGGUAAGCUUCACAAUUGUGUUGACGAAUUCCAGUACGACAGAAGCUACGAUGGCGACAACAGGUCAAGUAAAAGAAUCGCAACGCCGAAAGCGUCUUGUUUGAAACCGCCGUCGCCGAUCAGAAGUCGUGACAGGCACGUUCGGUUUGCAGACGUUCUUGGACUGCGUCUGACAUACGUAAAAGUGAUAGAAGACAUCGAGCCGUCUGUGCCGAGUGAAAGAAAAACAGAAUUGCCCUCGAUACUUUCCGAUAAUCUACGCGACCACAAAUAUCUAGUCAGCACCUUCCGUUGCCCUACUAAAAACCAACUUCUCACCAAGGUCCGGGAUCAGGGAGUGUGCCUGGAAAACAUUGUGUUGUCGUCAAUGACUGCAAUGGGAACAAUUCGUGUCGUCAAUGAAGGGUACCACAAAAUCGUACGAAUCAGGGCGACCAACAAUGAUUGGCAGUCGUACAUCGACAUACCGGCGACAUACGUAUUAAACUCGUGCAACGACUUUACUGACAGACUAUAUUGUAACUUAGAGGGCGGGGUUCAUAUCGGAGGCUUCCAAACGUAUCACGACAUGCUUCUGAAAACAACAUAGGGCUAAACUAGCUAGACACAAUCCCUGCAGAUUUCUGUUUUAUUAGUCAAACCAUCAACACAACGUCAGACAGAAAGACCACAUGAAUGUAUUUCAUUUAACCGUAGCCAGUAUAGUACGACUACUAUACUGUCUAUAAUUUAACACCGGAAAAUAGUUGCGUAAAUCUGAG